GCGACGGAGAUAUAAUGGAUCAGCGAGUACGCGCUCGGCUAUAGCGCCCGAGAUACGUCCCGGGGGCAGGAACUUGGCCGAUUUUUGCGCCCGGCGACGUCGAUCACGCGCGCGUGUCACGAUCAACGCUCUCUCGCGAUCGAUCCCUCGGAUCUCGCUUGUCUAUCCGCGCGCGCGCGCGCCACGCGAUCGACAUAUGUUAACCGGGUCGAACCGAACACGGCUGACCAUGAGCGUCGCGGUUUUCAUAAUCUCUUCCGCGAUCGCCCUGAUCGACGCGGCCUCGAUCGUGCGUGUCACCACCACCACCACUCCCCCUGGACCACCCGAUCUCUGCCACAGCCAAGUUUACUGCGAAGGGCCGCUGUUGCAUACGGUGCAGCUCGCUGGAAUUUUUAACGACAGCAAAACCUUCGUAGACCUCUACCAGCUGCACGAUCCAAAUGUGACCGUCGGAAACUUCAAUGCUUUGAUGAAGGCUACCAACAACUCCCCUAAUCGCAGCGAGGUAGCUGCGUUUGUCGCGCAAAACUUUGCUAUGCAGGACGAGUUGGAUAAUUCAACGUUGCCGGACUGGAAGGAAAAUCCCGUCAUCCUAAAAUCCAUUCAGGAUCCUCAGUAUCAAGAAUGGGCGAAACGUUUGAACCGCAUUUGGGAAACUUUGGCGAGGAAGAUAAAUAACGACUUGGUGGUCAAUCCGCAGCGACACAGCUUAAUUUACGUGAAUAAUACUUUCAUCAUUCCCGGUGGACGAUUUAAAGAGUUUUAUUAUUGGGACAGCUACUGGGUAAUCGAGGGACUCUUGUUAUGCGACAUGCCCGUCACCGUUAAAGGGAUGAUCGAGAACUUCCUCUCUAUGGUGGACAGAUUCGGCUUCGUACCGAAUGGCGGUAGAGUUUAUUACUUAUCGCGAAGCCAACCGCCCUUGUUAAUACCGAUGGUCGCCAAGUAUUACGAGUACACGAACGAUAGGAAAUUUUUGAAAAAUAACAUAGCGCUCCUCGACAAGGAAUUUGAAUAUUGGCAAAACAAGAAGACGAUGGAUGUAACGAAGAACGGUAGGACGUACAAGAUGGCGCGUUACGUGGUAAACAGCAACGGACCUCGACCGGAAAGUUACAAGGAGGAUUAUCAGCUGGCGCAGCGAGUGCCGGAGCAGGCGCGAGGGCCGAUUUACAACGACUUGAAAGCCGCGGCGGAGAGCGGCUGGGACUUCUCCUACAGAUGGUGCAUACGGACUGACAAGACCGGCAAUCUCAGUCUCGUCAACGUCUCCACGAGCGACAUCAUACCCGUCGAAUUGAAUGCGAUAUUACAGCGGAACGCCAGGAUGCUCGCCUACUUUCACGGUGUCCUGCGUAACAUGAGGAAAGUCUGGUAUUACACCAAAAUUGCCUCGGACUAUCAAGCUGCCAUCGACAAUGUGCUGUGGAACGAGGAUAAGGGAACCUGGCUAGAUUACGACACGAGAAAUAAGCGAUCCAUGAAUUCGUUCUACCCUUCGAAUCUGGCGCCUCUGUACACAAUGAGCUACGAUCGAAACAAGAGGGUUAAAUAUGCGAUGCAAUCCAUUAGUUAUCUCAAAAGAAACAAGAUUGAUUCGUACGUUGGUGGCACGCCAACUUCCGUGAACUAUACCGGCGAACAAUGGGACUUCCCGAACGCCUGGCCGCCGUUGCAGUCCUUCCUGAUUCUGGGUCUCUAUCAAACCGGAGUGAAAGAAGCGGUCGACUUGGCCGAGACACUGGCCGACAGGUGGCUUAGAUCGAACUACCUCGGUUACGACGAGUACGGCAAGAUGUUCGAGAAGUACAACGCGAUACAUCCCGGCGAGAGUGGCGGCGGCGGCGAGUACAACGUGCAGGAAGGCUUCGGUUGGACAAACGGCAUCGUCUUCGAGUUCCUCCGUCUCUUCCCGGGAGCGAAGUACGCGGAUGACCCCAUAUUCGACGGCGGCAACGGCAUUGACAGAUAAUACACGUGAACGGAUCAGUAGCUAAUUGACUCCGUAGGAGUUAGCUAGUUAAGUAUCUUUCCAGAAAAAAAAAGAAUAAAUCGAGAUAAAACGGAUUGAGAGAAAUUGACACGGAAUUCGCGUCAUUUUUUUUAAAUUGAAUUCUUAACUUUUAAAAUUAGAGAUCGAUCGGAACACGUUUUCUUCGUAUCGCCAAAACAGUCUGCUUCACAGAAUUUUUGUAUCUCCUGCUAUCGUCUGUCUUUUUCACGGUAUUAUUGAAGAUACAGUAUAUUUGAUUUUUUAUUUUGAGAACACUUAACAAAAGUUUAUAUAUUUCUUUGAACAGUAGGACAAUUUGAUUUGGGCUACAUUUCUAUUAAAAUUCCAUGUUUACGGCAAACAUGAUUGUCACGAAAGUAAAAAUUACUAAAAACACUAAAAAAUUAUCUAAAUACAUUGAGAACCUAGCGGGAUUUAGGUAUUAAAUAUUUAUUAGACAUUUAAUGAUGAGCGUAGACAACGCGGAGAACUUGUAACGAGUCUAGUCCACAAAAGAGGAAAAACCAGGGCAGCGCAAAGAUAUAUACCCAUCGUACUCUCAUUGCGGGGAGUACUCUCGUACUCUAAAAUUACAGUAAGUUUCCAUGAGUCCACAAAGGACACACUCAGGUCGGCGCAAAAGGGUUGCAACUAACAAGGACGCGCGUUUCAUCUCCUUUUUUGUUCCUUCAAUUUUUCUACGCGGAGAUGUAGAUCUCAUUAAACAUCUGCGUACCGAGCAUAUAUAAUUACUUGUAUCGCGUGAAUUAACGCGAGUUGAGGGCUGGAUUUCCGCCCUCGUAUUGCGCGUCUCGCCGACCGUUACCUUCGCCUCGUUUGUCGCACGCGCGACCCGCGAUCGAAAAACUCUUUUUUUUUUCCGAAAGCAGCUGAAAUACGUUACGGAGAUUGCGGUUUACUCGAGGAUCAAUGGGUCGGACAUUGAAUUGUUUAGAACUGUAAAAUGUUACUGCUCUUUCGCAGCGUGCCUCUUUUUCGUUGUCGCGUCGUUAUGCACGAGUGUUGCUAGAGCACGUUUUUUUCUAGGUCAAGUUACACCACUUCGCUAAUUCCGUUUGACGGUAAAACAAAUAACUUGUUAGUCGCACUUUAUCGCACAUUGAUGUAACAAAUUGUUGAAUAAACACGAAUAAUAAUGCUUUUA